GGGAAAGUGCUGAAGCCAACACCAAGCAAGCCAGGAGGCGCAGAGCAGGCCAGCGCUCGGUCUCUAUCUCCCAUAGGCUAAGGUUGGCUGAAUGCCUGUCUGUGAUUGGGUGUUCCUGUGAUGACGUCAUCCGCUGGGCAGGCCUGGGGCCCAGGACUUUCCCUGUGGCUCCCCAGCUCCCGCGUGGAGCCGAUCCUGAAGCUGGGUGGAGGCUGCACCGCCCUGCCCGGGCCUGGCCGCGUGCUGGUCCCCCUGGCCUCGGGCGCCUUCAGUACUUCUCCCUGAUUCCAUUUCUGUUCUGAGAAGAUUAUAAGAAGGAACCAUGGAUCUCGCAGCCUUAAUGGGAGCCAUUGUGGAGGAAGUGAACUGUCCUAUCUGCAUGACCUUCCUGAGGAAACCUGUGAGCAUUGACUGUGGCCACACCUUCUGCCACAGCUGUCUCUCUGGACUCUGGGAUGUCCUAAGACAAUCCCAGAAUUGCAGUUACACCUGUCCCCUUUGUCGAGCUCCUGUGAAGCCAAGAAACCUGCGGCCUACUUGGCAGCUGGCCAAUAUUGUAGAUAAAGUCCGUCUGCUAGGGUUAUGUACAGAAAUGGGACUGCAGGCUGACAUGUGUGUGCUCCACAAGGAACAACUGAAGAUGUUCUGCAAAGAGGAUGGUGUGAUGGCCUGCAAGGUCUGUUGCCAGUGUCCAGAGCAUGAAGCCCACAGUGUUGUGCAUAAGGAUGUUGCCUGGGAGUAUAAGUGGAAGCUCCAUGAGGCCCUGGAAUAUCUCAGGAAGGAACAAGAAGAGGCCUGGAAGUUACAAGUUAGUGAGAAGGAACGAGCUGCCAACUGGAAGAUACAGGUGGAGACACGAAAGCACAACAUCAUAAAGGAGUAUAAGAAAUAUCAGCAGUUAUUAAAGGAAGAAGAGCUGCCAGGUCAGCAGGUGGAGGCAGAGGCAGCUGCAGCUCUCGCCAGCCUAGAGCAGGAGGAGGAGGUGACGAAAAGUAAACUGGAGCUGAGUCACGAGAAGCUCAUCCAGCAGAGCCAGGUCCUCUGGAGGAUGAUUGCAGAGCUGGAAGAGAGGUCCCAAAAGCCUGUCCACUGGAUGCUACAGGGUAUUCAAGAUGCCUUAAACAGGAGCAAAUCUUGGAGCCUACAGCGGCCAGACCCUGUCUCCUUGGAGCUGAAGACAGAUUGCCAUGUGCGGGGGCUAAGAGAGAUCCUGAAGUCAUAUGCAGUCGAUGUUCGCCUGGAUCCAGAUACAGCUUACUCCCGCCUCAUUGUGUCAAAAGACAGAAGAAGCGUGCGCUAUGGAGACACUCAGCAGAACCUGCCUGACAAUCCUGAGAGAUUUUACCGAUACAACAUUGUCUUGGGCAGCCGGUGCAUCUCCACAGGCAGGCACUACUGGGAAGUAGAGGUUGGAAACAGGUCUGAAUGGGGCCUGGGAGUGUGUGAAGAAAACGUAGACCGGAAGGAGGUGGUCUAUUUAUCCCCCCACUAUGGAUUCUGGGUCAUAAGACUGAGGAAGGGAACAGAGUACCGGGCAGGCACCGAUGAUUACCCACUCCUGCCUGUCUUGGUCCCUCCCCACCAGGUAGGAGUCUUCCUAGACUAUGAGGCCCAUGAUAUCUCCUUCUAUAAUGUGACUGAUGGUGGCUCGCACAUCUUCACUUUUCCCCAUUCUCCCUUCCCUGGGCACCUUUUGCCCUAUUUUAGUCCUUGCUACAGCAUCGGCACCAACAACACCAGUCCUCUGACCAUCUGCUCCCUGGAUGGAGAGGACUAGGAGAGCCACCAUCCUAACCUAGUAUUGGAAUGUGGCCUACUAUGUGAGCCUGUUGGAGGAUGCUGUCCCCUAGAACCUUCACCUGACCCUGUGGUCUCUUGUUACUAGCAAAAAUCUGUCAAUAAACCACUCAUAGAAAAGCA